AUGGGGCCCACAGGGCCCACGGGGCCCACGCGCAGCAUGAACAGUAGCUCCAUGUCAUGGAGUGCUCCACAGCUGCGAACUCAUGCUACCCCUUGGAACGACACGCUGCGAUUGCCACGAGAAGGUCCCAAAGCUGGAGGUGGAAAGAUGGAGGUCUUGGAAUCUGGAGUCCUUGAGGCGCGUCUGGAGACCCUGCGAGCCGAAGCUGCUAGAGAUCAGGCAGAAGCUGAGGCCCUUGGGACUCGCAAGAAAGACAAGACCAGGAGGCCGCGGCAAACAGCCUCACAAGACACCACCAACGUGACCAGUGCGCCGACGAUCAUGGUGCAAGGUGCUGAUGGUGAGAGCAUAGUCUUGCCACCUCGUCGAGCCGAGAAUUUGGACGGUCCAGAGGCUCGUCGGCGGGUGGAGAUGCAGAUGAAGUUCAACAAGGUCGAAAUUGCACUGCAAGCCGACCAAAAGUUCAUUCGGGAACAUGCCGAAAAGGCGAAAACGAUGAGAGAAGAUCGCUUCAAGCGGCUGGUCGACAAUGUCUGCGACCAUGGAGGUCUUUCCAUGGAUUGUGCGGAAAAUUUGGCCAACUUUGAGAAAAGGCAGCGGCGCUGGGACCUGUAUUCUCAAUGGGAUGAGAACGUUGCCCACCGUUUGGCGAAGCAGGCAUUUGAGUCCUUGAACCCUGCGGAUCGCUCAGCACAGCAGAAGCUCAGUGGGUCUAGACACAUCAGCUGGAAGUUGCCAAAUGAGAAGCCACUGCUGAAGUUGGAUGUGACCAAGGAUCCCAUCCGACGGCCGCUACUAGAGGCGGAGUACGAGAAAGCCUUCGAUGAGGUGGCCCAGGCGGUGUUGGGUUGUCCACGCAACCCCACCACCAUCCUGAAGCGCUCGGUUUUCAUGGAUGGGACGCGCCGAAGCGGCGGUGCUCGAGCACUGAGCCGACCGGUGCUGGAGCCUACGGAUUGGGGACAGCAGCAGCUACAGGGCACCUUGUUUGGUCGUUUUGCACAGGCGUGCGAGGAAGGUCCCGACUUCGUGCGGGCGCGAAAGGGAGGGCCCAAUGUUUUCAUUCCGGAUGAGUCGGAUGGAAACCUGGUGGCUGGAACUCGCACUAGCCGCGAGUUUGGUCACCACGAUAUGGGCAUCCUUAAAGGGAACAAGUGCUCCCGCGGUGAGUGCUCAGAAUACAAAACUCAUGAAGGGGUUUCAUCUGGAGCACCUGCACAAGAUCAUUUCACCUUCCAAAACACCAAAGAGAUCACAGAUUUGGAGUUUCCGCUCGGAAAGAAGGUCUUCCCAGAAUUUCACUGA